CAGCUCUGGCAAGCUUACAUGUGUCAACGCAGUAGCACGUGCUAGACAUUCAUACAGUAUGGAAGAGCCUGCACCAUGAACUGAAGAACUUCGCAGAACACCCUCGCGACGAUGACCAAACGCGUGCGCGACUGCGCUGACAUUCAGUCUGAAGUUGACAGGGUCGCCAACGAGAUAAAUGAUGUCGAAAUGCAAAUGCGCAAGGCAGAAGCCAAAGUGGAGCAGGCAACGCAAGCUAAGGCUGCGGCCAUGGCGGAGCUUCGCAAAAUAGCCGAUGAGCUGAAUUGCCCAAACCUCAACGAGCAGGUGCGGGCGGACUGGAUAGCAAAGCAGCGUUCGUGCGCCAAGGACUUGGAAGAUGCCGAGAGCGAAUUGGAGGAGCUGCGCGAGGAGAAGAAGCAGCUGCGCGAGGAGAAGAAGGAACUGCGCGAGGAGAAGAAGCAGCUGCGCGAGGAGAAGCGUGACGCCUCGGCGGCGGCCUCGGCUCAGGGCGCGGCGAGCACGGCAGAAGACCAAAGCUUCGCGGUGGCGCUAAAGAUGCUUGGAGACGACCCUGGGCUACCACCACCGGUAACAGCAACUGAUCUUCAGCACUUCCUGCAACAGCGGCUGGGUCGGCCGCUACCCCUGGACCGGACCAUUUUCGAAUGGAUCCGCCGCGAUCCCAGCAACCAGCGCGUGCGUGAUUUGGUGGAGGCGAGCUCUGAGGCGUACACGUUGUCGGCCACAGUAUACACGGCCAUAAAAUCCGAGCCUCGUAGUGAUUCGGAGAUAGGGCUUGCUGUAGCUUUGUCUUCGCUCAUCGAGGCCAUACUCAUCAGUCUGCACGCGCUGACAGGACUGCUGCCUCACCGCUUGGGCUAUAACACCUCGGACCGUUCAGGAGUCACGCGCAAGCUCUUGCGCCCGCCGGACUUCUGCUUCUGGGUGGACAACACGCUCGUGUUCAUGGGGGAGGUCAAGACGAACAGUGGCGAUAUAGGAGCCGCUGUCCAGGAGCUUGGCACAAAAAUGGGAGGUGUGUGGUCGCCCAUUGCUUUCGGCAAACUUCCGUACCUGCCCUGCUACGCGGCCGCUGGUCCAAAGCUUCAAUUCUUCGUCGUGCUCAAAGGCCAGCCUCGUCAUCCUGUCCCAAUCAGCAAAGCGUUCGAUCUGACCGUGAUGGCCGACCGCAUCGAGGUGGUGCACCACACGGUCAACCUCUUCCGCCUGCUGUGCUGGGGCUUGCGGCCGCUGCUGCCGCCGUACCCUGUGGCCGUUGGCGACGUGCUUGAGCGCUCAAAUGGCACCUCAAUCACGAUCCUCGCAGACCGGGUCAUCAAGAAGAUCAAGGACUUCGCCAGCAACAACACGGGCGUUGAGUUCGACGACCUGGCCAAUGUCUACAGUGACACCUGCCACGCUGAAGGUCUGAUCCACGCGGUGGAGGGGCCGACUCUGCACAAGGGCACUUACAAGGUGGCCCUGGGCCCCCUGGGCAGCACCCGCCGUCCCGCGAACGAGGGCGAGCUGCGGCAGGCGAUUCAGGCCGUACUGCGCGGCGUCGCUGCACUGCACAAGGCGGGCUACGUGCACCGUGACAUUCACUGGGACAACGUGCUGUGCAUCGGCGAGGGCUCGUGGAUGCUGUCCGACUUGGAGUCUGUGGCGCGGGCGCCGGUGGUGGCGGCUGGCAAGGGGGGCUUUCGCGCCGCCUGCUGGACCUCCGACACCCUGGACGAGUGCGGCUCGUACACGACUGCGUCGGACGUGCAGCUGGUGGGGCAGCUGAUGGACACGUGCAGCAUCCUCAUGUUGGAUGCGCAGUGUCUGGAGCUCAAGGCGCAGCUGACGGCGAGCGCGGCGGCCUCACGCCCAUCAGCGGAGCAAGCACUGCGCCAUCCCUGGUUCGGUGCCGGCGGGGCGGGGCCUUAAGUGCUGCGGGCGCAUGUGGUCAGCAGUUGUUUCUGUGCGUCCAUUCGCGUUGUGUGCCCACCGGCAGUGGCGCGGCAGACUACGUGGUGUCCGAGCGUGUGUGCACGUGUAGCUGGGUAGGGUUUUAGGAUAUAUAUGUCGAGUGGUAAAAGCUCGUCCCUUGCGUGGACGCCAGCCGCCCUGCGUUUGGGUUAUGUGGAUGCAUAUGAGUGCAACCGAUGUGCAAAGGCAACAUGUUCGGUUGCGCGGUGCACAAAGUGCGAAGCGUUUGCUGACUGCCCCCGUCCGGAUGCAUCUCCCGCAUGGUUCCCUACGGGACGGACACUGAGCACUUGCCUAAGACGCCGCAGUGCGCGACGCCGCACUGGGACUUACCCCAUAAGCGUGUUGGUAUAAGGGUGGUGAUAUGUUUAUUAUUUUAUUCGAUAUAGGAAUUGCUGAAGGAGGACUUGCCACGUGACUAAUAACGACAAGCCUCUAGGGCUUAACCCCUAGCCUCACGAGCCUCGGCUCGUGAGGGAGCGCACAACAUCGUUGUCGACUUUGGCUUUCGUUGCUAACUUUUUGUAGCCUGUUACGGGCUCUAUGACUCUGGUUUAGACUUGGUUCAGACUGUGGGCUCGCUAGGCGGGCUCUUGUGGGCGUCUUUUGGCUCGAAGUUCCAUGGCGGCCGGCCCGCGGCCUCCGCGGCUGGCCGGGCGGGUUCUUCCUUGUUGCUGCUUCCCGGGUGUCUGUGUGUGCAGGCUGUAGGUGUUGUUGUAGGUGGCCCUCGUGGCCGUCUGUGGCUGGGUGCAAGCUUCGAUGGGCAGCUCGCUGGUGGCAUGGCGCGCCACUCUUGGUUGCUGGGCAACCUACUGUUCAGCCGGUGCCAGACUGCCGUAAGCUCUGGGCCGUAGGUGCAGUGCCAGACUGCUGCACGCCGGGCUGCCGUGUGGAUGCGCAUGUUGUCGUCAGAGGUUUGCCGUGUUGUGGUGCCGGUUUUGAUGUGCCCCUCGGCGCCUCUCCUCGUGGCACCUGGUCAGCCGUCGUCUCUGCCGGCGGCCUUGCUGGCUCUGCAGAUAGUUAGGUUGCGGGUGCCGUUCAUAGCAUGCCGGUUCAGGGACCGGUAGGCGAGUAGGUUAUGCCGGUCGGGUAGUCCAGGGCCCGGGUGUCGGGUUGUGAGUGCCCGGGCGGCUGUUGCCCGGGCGCCCGGGCGGCUGGUGGGCCUGUUCGCCUCCGGGCGCGCGCGUGGCCUGUUUGGUGGGUCGGUCUAGUUCGCUGGUGGGGCGGGUGGAGGGCGGUGUGCCCGUGGCGAGGUGUUAUGGUGUGCUGGCGGUUUGGUCAAGUUCUGGCUCGGUUUCCUUUUGUGGUGCCUCGGCACAGACGUUUCCAGAUGUGGGCCUUCGGGCCAAGACAUUGCGCGUCUCUGACGCCAGCCAUCGUCUGCGGACGAGAGAAAAUGAGUGGUGCUUGCGUUUGAUGGGGAUGUCGGCAGACCUCUGGCCUGUCGCGCCUCGUUGUGCGUGGGUGCUGCCGCCAAAAGACCUAAACGAGAUGAGGGGUGUUACGUGGCGGUGGGGCUAUGGUGGCCUUUGGUUGGCUUGGCUUCGACUCAUGUGCGUAACACUAUGAAGGUCGGCAGCCAACCAGGGGGCGGGUGUUGUUUCUCUGGGUCGAAGAUGGCCCCUCGCGGCGUGGGUACGGCGUGCCCCCGGUUGUCGGGCUGUCCCUUCACUUGUAAUCCGCGCUGGAG